CUCCCCUCCCGCCGUUCGCCGUGCUCCCGCCAAUCGGGCGCCGCCCCGCAGCGUCGCGCCGUCGCGGCCCGUGCGUGCGUGCGUCCGCUCGUGCGUGCGUGCGUGCGUGCUUGCGCUCGGCGGCGGCGGCGGCGGCGGCGGCGCAGCGUCCCCUGCCCCGAAUGAAAGGGACGGUCCCGGCGAGCGAGCGGCCGUGAGCGACCGGCGGUGACGGGCGGCGGGGCGCGCCUGAGCUGCGCCUCUCCCCGGCGACACACCCGCCACACGGCAUUGAGAGGAUUGGAGUGGCAUUCUAAGGUCAUUUAAAAUCAUGACAAGCUCAGUUGGACAGAAAAAAGUCUCUUCAAGACAAAGGAAGUGUGGGUUUUGUAGAUCUAAUAAAGAUAAUGAAUGUGGACAAUUAUUGAUGUCAGAAAACCAGAAGGUGGCAGCACAUCACAAAUGUAUGCUGUUCUCAUCUGCAUUGGUAUCUUCACACACUGAUAAUGAGAGUCUUGGUGGAUUCUCUAUUGAAGAUAUUCAGAAAGAAAUAAAGAGAGGCACUAAACUGAUGUGCUCUUUAUGCCAUUGUCCUGGAGCGACCAUUGGCUGUGAUGUGAAAACAUGUCACAAGACAUAUCACUACUACUGUGCUUUGCAUGAUAAAGCUCAGAUAAGAGAGAAACCCUCACAAGGCAUUUACAUGAUUUUAUGUCGAAAACACAAGAAAACUACGCAUAACUCUGAAGAUUUAGAAGAAAGUAUCAAUGAACACGAGUUGGAGCCUUCACCUCCCAAAGGAAAAAGGAGGGGUCGUAAGGGAAAGCCAAGAAAAACAAACUUAAAAGGGCAAUCAGAAGACACUAGAUCUACGUCCUCACAUGGCACAGAUGAAAUAGAAAGCAGUUCCUAUAGAGACAGGUCUCCCCACAGAAGCAGCCCCAGUGAUACAAAACCUAAAUGUGGAUUCUGUCAUGCAGGUGAAGAAGAAAAUGAAGCUAGAGGAAAGCUUCAUAUAUUUAAUGCCAAAAAGGCAGCAGCACACUAUAAGUGCAUGUUGUUCUCUUCUGGCACUGUCCAGCUAACAACAACUUCAAGGGCAGAGUUUGGUGAUUUUGAUAUCAAAACUGUACUUCAAGAAAUCAAGAGAGGAAAAAGAAUGAAAUGCACACUUUGCAGCCAGCCUGGUGCUACUAUUGGGUGUGAAAUUAAAGCCUGCAUAAAAACAUACCAUUACCACUGUGGAGUAGAAGACAAAGCUAAAUACAUUGAGAAUAUGUCACGAGGAAUUUAUAAACUCUAUUGUAAAAACCAUAGUGGAAAUGAUGAAAGAGAUGAAGAGGAUGAAGAAAGAGAAAGCAAAAGCCGUGGCAAAUCAGGCACUGACCAUAAUGACAUUCCUCAGCAGCAGCUCAAUGGAAACUAGGUAUGGAAGUCCCUCCUGACAGAUCUGUUACCGAGACCGAAACGCAAUAUACAUUUAAUGUAGUUUAUUGCAGUGAAGUAUUUAAAUCUAGUGUAUGCAGAGAAGUACUUUUUAUUGGCAUACUGUAGAAAACUGGGGAGGAUUUGUUGUUUUUUAAAUCCAGCUGACUUUGUAACAGUCUAAGAAGGGAGGCCCUCAUUUCUAUUGCUAAAUCUAGAUGUAAUGUCAGAGCUGCUAAAUGCUUUUCUGUAUGAUUUUAAAUUUACUAUUGUUUUCAUCGUUUUUUAAACAGGUUCAAGGGACAGAGUUAUAGAACUGGGAAUGGCUAAGACAUCAUAACUACUAAUUCUUUUAAAUUGUUUUCUAAAAUCAGAAAAGGGUUAGUAACUUUUUACUGCCCAACUCUGUUAGAAAUUUCAUUGAACUGCCUGAAACGUUCAUGUGUGUGAGCCUUCAGUAAGUGGCAGAGUUUUACAUGUCAAUAUUAUGUAGUUUGUAGUCUGCAGUGUCUGGAAAAAAAAAAAAGAAACACUAUAUAAAUGAUAUGUAAUAUGUACAGUGUCAAAAGUUAAGGCAGACAUUGAAAUGAAGUAAGAUCUAUAUUUCUGGACUGAAUAAAAACCUUAAGAUUUGGAAUGUGUAAGUUGUUUAGUGGAUUCAUGCAACGAGGGAAGGUCUUAGCUAGUUUAAUGAACAACAUGGACAAGCUCGUGGUGGCAACAAGCUGGUACUUUGUGAAUUUUGCAUUCUCUUCAUACACAAGUUACGGAGGCUGUACAUGGGAAAGCUGCUCUCUGUUUUUGCUUGCAAAGCACACGGUAGAAAAGGACUCAGUGUACUCCAAAUCACGCUUGAACAUUUCAGGUUGUUCCUGUUGUGAUUGCUCAUUCCGCCCAGCAUUGUUUGCGGGAGAUUUACUUGAGCAGCUGUUGGUUCUGAGCUGUGAGCUUUAGAACUCAUGCCAAAGGGCUGUAGUUCAUUCUUUCCCCAAGGACCCAUCCCUUUCUGUGUCCCUGAUUUACAAAGAACACUUCACCAAGUGUGAUUAAAACCUUACUAUACAAAUGUUUGGACUCUGCAGCCCAAUCUCUUUUACUUCAGAGAGUUACAACUCUUAACUCACUAUGGAAUUUAGCCACCAUAUCUGACGUCCAUACCUCAAGUGUUCUGUGGUGUGUGGAACACUUCAUGUUUUGUCCAGAAUACGCAUAAAGGUCCCAUAUUCUGUAAGAAGAAUGAGGAAACAACUUUUUUUGCUAGAUUGGUAUUUAUUUUUUAAUCUUAUGACCACUAUAUGAGAAACUUUGCUUAUCAUCAUUAUUGUUUUAGUGAUUAUUUUUUCUCUUUCUGUCAAGUCAACAAUCACAUCAUGGAAUUCUACUUGCUAGAGUUUGAUGUUCCUUUAGGGAAUAAUCAGAUCUAGACUAUACCAAACUUAACAGAUCAGUCCUGUGACUGCUGUCAAAACACCUUGUCAUUUCUAAUGGCUACUAGCUUCUUCAAUUGGUCUGUUAAAGCACAUGCUCAGACUUAAAUAAAACCAAAAAGCUGAACCUAGUCCACAUGUUUGUCUGUUGCUAUCGCAUCACCUUAUUGUUUGUUUAGGGGUUUGACUUGUUUCACUCUGAACUCCCAACAAAACUCCUGGAUUUGAAGGAAGGAAACAAGCAAAAGACACUGAUUUGACUAUAAACUGCUACAGUUCUUCUGUGAUUGGUAUUGCAAAAACAGUUCAUUUGUAACACGAGUUUCUGUAGCAUUUUUUUACUUGUAUUUUUAAAGGAUUUAACGUGUGUCAUUUGUCUUCUUAUGCAUUCCCUUAAUGUCUUGAGGGACUCAAUUACUGUAUAUUGGAGUUUCUAACAUUUUACCUGUUAGAAUUCAAUCAAUUCUGUUUGCUUUCCUGGAGUUUAAUGCCGUUUGGAAAGAACUCUUUGCUGUGUACAGAAAACAUUCAGUUACUGCUCUAAACAUGAUGCCAUUGAUCAUUUUUAUUUUGUAUUUGUAACUUUCAAAAUUAAAAGCGUGACUUGAAUUGCAGUGACAGAUCGAUUAUUGCCAGUGUCUAUCAAGGUGUGCUGUUUCUCCUAGAACAUGAGCGUUUUUCAGCCACUCGGAAUAGUUUCAGAGUGCAAAAUACCAUCCUUCAAUGUUGAAAUGACUUCUAGAUGCGUGCCUCAGACAUGGCCCUCCCAUGGAAAACAGGCACUUUGUUUGCAGCUACUGUAUUUUAACUGCGGUUGCAUGGGGUAGAUCUGCCAGCAUACUGAUUGUAUUUGAGACUGAGCUCUAAUUCAUAGUGUGGCGGUUGCUUAGUGUAAUAUUCAGUCCAAUAAUUCAUCUGUUAGGAAAUAGAUUACCCCAUUCCAUGCCUCGAAGAACCAGAACAGCACUUUACCUUCGGGUAGCAGAGAAGUAAGUGGCUGGUUUACCUGUUACCUCUUUUGUGCUGAGAUGGCCUGACUCAAACUGUCAUUAAUUCCGAAUUCAUGGAAGCAAAGUCGAAAGCAAAACUCUUUCUUAUGAGCCUCAAAUGUGUCAUAACUGACUUCAACUCAUGUAUGCUGGGUAAAAGUGCCUUACAAUGUAAAAAUUGUAUUUAUAUGUUCCCAAGUAGCAUCACCUGCUGGGGAGUAAUUCUGUCGUGGUGUUAAUAUUUAGAAGAAAUGUACCUCAGCAGUGUAUUUUCUGUACAUCUCUUACAUCCUUAAUUGUAGUUUUCAAAAGCAUGACAAUGUAUGAUAGUAUCCAACAUUGACAUCAUUUUUUAAAGACAAAAUACUGCCAUUACUGUCUUUUUAUGUGUAUUUUAGCUUGGAAUUUCAGACGGUCUGUCUGAUGUUUUGGUUUGGUUUUUAUUUCGGUAAAGCGAUGUAAUCUUUGCAAGCGUAUAUUGAAGAUUCUUCUGGAGCAUCUACCAGAAUGUUAGAAGUAAAGAAAGUGCUCUAUAGGUGAAAUAGGUAUGUUUAAAUUAGCUAGUUAAAUUAAUGCAGUCCAUUUGUUACCAAGAACUUUUUUUAAUAGGCACCUUCUGCUUUCAUCUCACAAUCUGAGAACUCAUGAACUUAACAAGACUUGUCUUAGGAAACUGGUUUCACUUUAUUUAAUCUUUCUUUUCUUUUUGGCCUUUGGGCAUUUCUUUGCUCACAAGAGUAGUUUGUGCUGUUUAAGAUGCCUGGAACCCUCUGAGAAGGGAGGUUUCUCCCCAACUCCCUGUAUCUCUGUAUGAAGAGAUCUCCCCAACUCACUGUAUCUCUAUAUUAACAGAUCUGCGGUUGUGCUAUACCAAGAAAGGACUGUACCAAGGAAGGACAGGCAUCAGAAGGAUAUUGUUCAAAUAAUUGAGGAUACAGCUGGUGUCAUGCCAGAGUCUCACACACUGUAGCAGUAAGCUGGGCUGUCUGUCCAUUUCAAGGAAGGGUGAGAGGCUGGUUCAAUGGAGCGAGCUAGGAUGAGGUAGAUGAGGUGAUCAGAAGCUCUACUCCUUCAGCAGGGACUCAUCCGCAGGAGGUAGGUUCUGUGAGAAGGCUCUAGGAGUUACACCCACACUCCACAAAGUCCCAUCUUCAGGUGCAGAGAGCUGUGCUGAUGUAGGAUGGUGUGAGUACACUGAAUCUGGCCCUAAGAUAGGGAAUCAUGGAAAAGAGCUUGCUUCUUACUGCUGCCUGUGUGAAAAAUAACCUCAUGUUAAACCAGAGUGAAAGAUGAAGAGGUGAUAAUCUGUUUGAAAUAUCAGACUUCUCUGGCAGGUGAUAAUCAGUGCAUUCCAAAAAUAUUAAUAUGCCGAAUCAGACUGACAAGAAAAUUAAUCCUCAUUAGAUGAAAUUAAUCUUAAAAGAGAACUGAAAGUACAUUAUAGCAAGUAGUAACUCUUCUUCCAUGUCACCAGACUCCACUGUGUUAGUGAUGGAGGUGAAAAACCAGAACACAGCUCUUGAUUUAUAUACUCAUUGAGGCAGUUUCUAUAUAUGCAUAUAUAUGCACAUUCAUUAGCCAGCAGUGACAUCUCAACCCUUAAGGAAUCCUGGAGAACUGUUGCUUGUCAAAAAGCACUCAGGUUAGCCUAACGUUUGCAGCUUUUGCUCUAACAUACAUUUACAGUAGGUGUAAAGACAGGGAAUGUAUGAAAGAGGGUAAAUGCAUUCCUAUCUACAAUGUUAUGUAUAUUUUGUUCCUGUUAUAUUGGCUUUACUUCCAAAGUUGUAGUUUGCAGUAUUAGUUUCUUUUUAUUGGUAUCCUUGCAUAUAUAUAUUCAAUAAAUGAGUUAUGAAUUUCA